CGGUGUUCACAAACAUCCCAACCCUUAAGUUGAAACUUCAAAAUAGGUUGGAAUAUGGCGUAAACUUUGCAGGAAAAAACUUCCAAAAAUACACCAAAAAGGGGAAACGUUUGGACUAAAUUUAGUUCGUCUUGGAAAGGGGUUGAGUUUUUUCCCGAAGGCCGACUGCAACUUAGCAGGGCUGGCACUGUCUAACUAAUGGAAUGUGGAGACUAAUACUCUUGCGGAUUUUGAUUUAUUUGSCUGCGACGGUUUGGUUUUCAAAUGGACAAUAUUAUCAUCACUCUGGUCUUCAUCAUCACAUGUCCAAGAGAGACUUAUCGUACGUAUUUGGAGUCGACGAUCCUAGUGAUGUCCCAGAAUACGACCUCGUUCACCCGACUCAAGUUACCUCAAMGGGAGCUUUCCUAACGCACGACCUGUCCAGACAAAGUAUCCGAGAGCGUCGUAACACAAGARAGUCACCAAAAGAUGACAUAUAUUAUAAUUUAAACGCCUUUGGCAGUAAUCUUCACUUAAGAUUGGAGAGAAAUCGACGGCUACUGGCACCUGACUUUCACGUCGAAKUACUCGGYMAUGAUGGUCGAAUAUUAAAACGUCACACAAUGGAGAAUUGUCAUUGGACCGGAAAAGUCGGGUCCAGUACAYGGUCUACUGUGGCCGUUAGUAAUUGCAAUGGACUGCAUGGMGUUGCACAUGUAGAGGGCACUGCAUUUUUUAUUAAGCCAGUUCCCGAUCAUUUACACAGUAUAACUCGGACCAACGGUAAAGGUAGACCACAUUUAGUAUAUAGAAGAGCGUCUACAYUUUCAGCACAGCGAAGCAAGAGAUCGGGCAAGAAAGAGACGGUUGAAGUGCACAGYUGUGGAACAAAAGAUGAUCCAAGGAUUCGUCUGACCAGAUCCCUUAAUGAAACGGUCAAAAACGACCGUGAUGGACCCGCGGGUCCUGGUGGAGAGAAAUACAUAGAAUCCUUAGUGGUAGUYGAUCCUAAAAUGGCGAACUUCCAUGGAAUAGACGCUGCAAAACAGUACGCGCUCACUGCUUGCAAUAUUGCAUCAAACUUGUUGAGGGACAGCACUCUUGGAGAAAAUCCUGUCAAUUUUGUAGUCAGCAGAAUGCAAAUCCUGACAACACCACAGCCUGGGCUUAUUAUCAACCACCACGCAGGGAAUACUCUGGAGAGCUUUGGAAAAUGGGCCGAGCGUAAUAAUAACCCAUUAGACAACGAUGAGAAUCAUUACGACUAUGCAGCCUUAUUGACCAGGUACAAUAUUUGCAAGGACAAGAACCAACCAUGCGACACUUUGGGGUUGACCAGAACACGUGGUAUGUGCAACUUUCCAAACUCAGCAAGCGUGAACCAAGACAAUGGCCUCAUGUUGGGAAUGACACUUGCKCAUGAAACUGGUCACUGUCUUGGGAUCAACCAUGAUGCUUCCAAGUGCAGYGAUGGUAACAACAUCAUGUCAUCCUUCGCGCCAGGGAAGGCAUCGGCCUUUCAGUGGUCWGAAUGCAGCAAAAAUUAUAUUCAACAGUUUCUAAAGUCUAAAGACUCCAAGUGUCUAGACGAUCAACCAACCAAACGCGAGAUCAUCGACACYAARCCUUUUGACAUGCCAGGAAGCCUGUACGACGCUGACCAGCAAUGCCAGCUGGCGUAUGGAGAAGAGGCCAGGUUUUGUCAUGGAGAUAAAUUUCUUGACCAAGUUUGUGUAAAACUAUGGUGCGAGGUCCCUGAAGGCAGUGGUAAAUGUAAAACAGCUCAAGAACCUGCAGCCGAUGGUACAUCAUGUGGUCCUAAAAAGUGGUGCAAGCGCGGUCAAUGUAUAGCCCAAGGUUCUCCAGCCCCAGGUACUCAAGAUGGCGGCUGGUCUAAAUGGUCCGAUGAGCACUCUAAAUGCAGCCGCAGUUGUGGUGGUGGUGUUCAGUACAAAGAAAGAAGAUGUAAUAACCCAAGACCUAAGAACGGUGGCAAGCGUUGUGAAGGACUUGACAGAGAAUACAAACUUUGUAACACAAAUGAAUGUCCAAAAGACAACACUCAGUUCCGUAACUACCAAUGUGGGCAGCUUAACAACCAAAUGUUCAAUGAUCAGUUUUACAACUGGGAAUGGAAACCUUCAACGCUCAAAAACAGUUGUGUUCUAGGGUGCUUUAUUGAAGGAACUGGCUUGGGUUUUGCGUUUGGUAACGUCAUAGAUGGUACAAACUGCGAUACGUCGUCAUCAAACAAAUGCAUACAGGGUAUAUGUAAGAGAGUGGGCUGUGACAAUAUUAUUGACUCCAGAGCAGUUUUCGAUAGAUGUGGAGUAUGUGACGGUGACGGGAGUUCAUGUACACUCAGCAAGUCUAACAGCUCUGUAUCCAAGAAAGACGAAAUGCCAAGGCCAGCUUCCCUUCUAAACAACGCUGUGUCCUUUUUCAAGAAUCUUGGAUUCAGUGUUGACAGACGAGGCCACAUUUCAUCUCCUGAGCAUAAUCCCGAUGUUGACGAUACCUUCUAUUGGGGUGUGGUGAAAUCUGGAUGUAGUGUGUCGUGUGGUGGAGGCAAAGAACAAUCUUUUGCUGAAUGUCGACGAGCAGACGACGGUUCCCCGGUCAACGACGCACGUUGUGACAUCAGCAAAAAACCUCCUCGGCAGCAAAUACACUGCAAUAGGCAGCCAUGUCCACCAUCAUGGCGAGCGGAAGGCUGGGAAGACUGCACUAAGACUUGUAACGGUGGUAAUCGUACUCGUGAGGUYAAAUGUAUGCAGGUAGCAGCCGAUGGUGUUGARUAUGAUGUYGAUCCACGACUUUGCACCRGUAAAAAACCAGCUACUAUUGAAGCCUGUAAUACCAUGGAUUGCCAGCCUGAAUGGGUGGCGCAGCCUUUUGGAGCGUGUUCGACAAAAUGUGGUCGCGGUGUGCAAAAGCGUAACGUCAUCUGCAUGAAAACYGACAAGASCGACAACCAAAGAGAAGUCGACGAAUCAAAUUGUGAUGGAUUACCAAAACCACCAGACCAGGAAUACUGCAAUGURCACAAUCCAUGUCCAGGGGAGGGAGGAUGUGGCGGUAAUCUAACGACUGAUGCAGGUUCACUGACAUCACCAAACUUCCCAUCUGAUUAUCCUAAUAAUAAGGAAUGUAUUCACUCUAUCCACGUGACUCCAGGAAAAGUGAUCAAACUUGACUUCCAUACAAUGCAAAUAGCUUCACCAGAGAAAACAAGCCGAAAUGAGAAGUGCACCGGGGACUUUGUGAAAAUAAUGGAUGGAGAAUGUACUAACUAUAGAACAGAGACUCUCUACUGCGGCAAGGAUGARCCAGCGCCGUAUAUAUCAACUGGUAAUAAGCUGUGCGUCAAGUUCUUUUCUGACCAAUCAGAGGCKGGUCAAGGCUUCAAAGCUUCUUAUAUAGCAGUGGAUAGACCAGAAAACCCCGGAGACCAAUGCGGAGCCACAUUGACCGCACCCAUYGGAUUGAUUACGUCACCAAACUACCCCGACUCAUAUCCAGGCAACGAAGUUUGCAACACUACCAUCAAGGUUGCUAAGGCACCUCUGAAACUGGCCUUCCAAGCAUUUGAUGUCGGAAGCAACAAUUGUGACGAAGACUACGUCAUGUUACAAGUCAAAGGAACUGAUGGAUUCCGUAAACUUUGCGGCAACAAACUCCCCGAUCCUUUCAACACCGCGUCCAACGAGAUGACGAUUAGUUUCAAGUCWGGACCCAAAGUAGGUCACCCAAAAGCUGGAUUUGUUGCGACAUACACAUCGGGAGUCACGCCAGAGGAACUUCGUCAACAAACAGAUAAAUCAGGAAUCAAGACAUUCAACUCUAAAAUGGAUCAAGGGCUUAUGAACGUACCAGUCGCAAAAGACACCAUUCCUGGAAAACCAAAACCAAAAUCCAUUAUCGAGAUUCCAAAAGACAUCGAUGUCAACUUCAAACCUAUUGGAAGAAUCGACAGCAAAGACGCAUCUAAAGAGGUCGUCGAUGAUAUCUCUGAUUCCAAGGGUGACGGUAAGCAGAAGGGAAAAACGCAUUUGAUUUGUCAUUGUAUGAUUACUGAAUURCUGUAAUUUUCCAGYCGAAGU